AUGCUGGGCCUUCGAUCCCUCCUCUCCACGCCUUCGAAACUUCCACUCUCCCAAUUCACAUCAGUUCUUCCGCGGAGUAUAUGCCGAACCGCCUUUAUUCGAGCCUUUUCGCAAGCCUCUGGGGCAAACCUUUCAACUAAGUCGAUAUGGAGAACUUCUGAGACCUUAUCAACCGUCCUGAAGAAUCUGUGCUCAAAAGGUGUGCAGUCUUUUGGCCAGACCCGAGGAAUGAAGACACGAUCAUCUGUUAAGCGACUAUGUGAAGGGUGCAAGCCUGUUCGACGGAAGAAUCGUGUGUACAUUAUUUGCUCGAAGAACCCGAAACACAAGCAGAGGCAAGGCAAAUAG